AUUUUCAGAAAAAAAUGAAUAAUACGGAUAAGAGACCGGAUCUAAAGACUAGAAUAGUUGAUCCUCAGAUUAAAACGGACACUCAAGAAUGUCAAAAUUUAAGUUUGGUUUUAUCGACAAAUAACAGUUUAAACAUCCCCCUCACAAUACUAGAAGAUCAACCUGGCGCUCAACAAAUUUCAGUUAUUCGGACAAAUUCUAAAACUUUGAAUUUAGAAUCACAAUCUGAAGACGACAUUAGAAUAAUGGAAACUGAUAACAUUGUGUAUGUAAAAGAUGAUGGUGGUAAAAAACUGAAUGUUACGGCUAGUAGUGUUGUAACUUUGCAGCCUGAUGUUGUAAAAGCGGUACAGUACAACGAGACUGAUUCUGUUCAAGCGGUACAGUACGACGAGUCUGAUAUUGUACAAGCGGUACAGUACGAGACUGAUUCUGUUAAAGUGGUACUGCAAGCGGUACAGCACGUCGAGACUGCCACUGUACAAGCGGUAGAGUACAACGAGACUGAUUCUGUACAAACGGUACAGUACGAUAAGUCAAAUACUAUAUCUAGUGAAAGAACUGUAUAUAUUAGUGACACUAAGAGGUUAGACAAGGGGAAGACUAAAAAUUUGGUUCACUGUGCACAGUUUGGAAAUUUAUCUUUCUCUUCAAGAACUGAAAGUUUGGCUCACUGUGCACAAUCCGAAAGUUUGGCUCACUGUGCACAAUCCGAAAGUUUGGCUCACUGUGCACAAUCCGAAAGUUUGGCUCACUCUACAUCAACUGAAAAUGUUGAAUACUCUGCAGCAACUGAAAAUCUGACUCACUGUGCACAAUCUGAAAACUUGGCUCACUGUGAAUCUGAGAUUGAGGAGGAAGAAACUCAUUACGUUGAAAUACUUAGUGUUGAAAGUUUAGAUCAUGAGUAUCAAGCCUCGUCAGAGGCAGAGUAUAUUCAUUUACACUCUCAUCCAGCCCCUCAUGCUCUUGCUUGUUACUUAGAUCAGCAUCAAGAAAAUCGAUCUCCCUUCACAGAUCAACAUCAAGCUGCUCAAUCACCCUUCACAGAUCAACAUCAAGCUGCUAAAUCCCCCUUCAUAGAUCAACAUCAAGCUGCUCAAUCACCCUUCACAGAUCAACAUCAAGCUGCUCAAUCCCCCUUCACAGAUCAACAUCAAGCUGCUCAAUCCCCCUUAACAGAUCAACAUCAAGCUGCUAAAUCCCCCUUCACAGAUCAACAUCAAGCUGCUAAAUCCCCCUUCACAGAUCAACAUCAAGCUGCUCAAUCCCCCUUCACAGAUCAACAUCAAGGUGCUAAAUCUCCCUUCAUAGAUCAACAUCAAGCUGCUCAAUCCCCCUUCACAGAUCAACAUCAAGCUGCUCAAUCCCCCUUCAUAGAUCAACAUCAAGCUGCUAAAUCCCCCUUCAUAGAUCAACAUCAAGCUGCUCAAUCCCCCUUCACAGAUCAACAUCAAGCUGCUCUUUCACCCUUCACAGAUCAAAAUCAAGCUGCUCAAUCCCCUUUCAUAGAUCAACAUCAAGCUGCUCAAUCCCCCUUCACAGAUCAACAUCAAGCUGCUAAAUCCCCCUUCACAGAUCAACAUGAAGCUGCUCAAUCCCCCUUCACAGAUCAACAUCAAGCUGCUCAAUCCCCAUUCACAGAUCAACAUCAAGCUGCUCAAUCACCCUUCAGGGAUCAGCAUCAAGCUGCUCAAUCACCCUUCAGGGAUCAAAAGAAUCAGCACUUAUCAGUGCACCCUGAUUCUCAUUCAGCAUCUAAGGAGCGUGACCAUCAUUCCCCUAGAAUUCAAUUUGACCCUCAUACCUCAGGUUCUCAUAAAGUUUUUCCUUCCUUAUCCACAGAUUGUGAUCCUUAUUCCUCAAAUGCUCAAUGUGCUCCUCAUUUCUCAAGUUCUCAUCAACUUACGCAUGGUGAUCCUCAUUCAUCAAGUUUGCAUCAACUUACUCGAUCACCCUCCGCUCCCUACUCCUCAUCCCAACAUGAUCCUCAUUCCUUAUCUCUCCAGUGUGCCCCUAUGAAUUCUACAACAGUUCAACAAGAAGAUUUUACUUACAAUGAGCCUGCUUCUGCUAAAACUGACCCUCCUGUCUCUCUUCAGUAUUCAAUUGACACUCCUGAGGUUGCCAAAACCCCUCUUCAAACUGACAUAACUUCCCAGUCUACUACUGAAGAUGAUGUAAUAAAGGAAGACUUGAGCCUUGAUAAUGUUAAAGAUUCUAAAAAUGCUGAAGAACAGCCGAAUCUUAACUUCAUUAAUGCUCUGAGCGAGAAAUAUAAAAUAUAUACGAAGGAUGAAGAAACACUUGUUUUUCUCAACUCUUCUGGCUUAAAUGGUUUGGAAGAAGGCAUUUGUAUCAGGUAUGGUCUGGAUGAGUCCAGAAUACGGCUGGAUGUAUAUCUGAAUAAGAUGACCGCUGUUCAAACCAGUUUCACGAAUAUCAAGGAAGCAGUGGCACAGUUGUCGAGGUUUGAAUCUCUGAAUAUAUGUAGUGGAGUGGACGAAGCUAGGAUAUUACCGCUUCUAAACUCAAACCAACAUAUUGCCCUCUUCACCAUUCAUCAAGUUAAGGGAGUGUUCAGGUACAAGACCCGGAAGUGUCGGGGAAUAGCUGAGCAAGGAACCCUUUGCAGUUCUUGUCAGCAAGUCUUCUGCAACAUUUUUCAUCUAAACAGUGGAGAAGAGGACGAGAAAUAUAGUGAAGAAAAUAACUCGGAGGAAUUAGAAGAUUUGAUUUCUGAUUGUGAACUGCCAAAACGCCGUCGGUUUUCAUGCAAGCACUGUAUUCGUGUCUUCAACUCGUUAAAGUCUCUGGAGAUUCAUUUAAGAAAUAUUAAAAAUAGAACAACAUCCAAGUCCAGUCAAGAAGAAGAACAAGAGGACGAGAGACUUCUGCCAGGGCUGGAAAUCAAUUACAAAACCAAGGCAGAUAGUAAGAAAAUUACCAGCAUUGAAACUUCCUGUCAGAGAUUCAACUGCCACAUUUGUGGUAAAAUAUUCAAGGCUAGUUCAACCUUAUGGGGACACAUCAAGACGCAUGAAAAUGGGAACUUUAUCUGUACAAUCUGCGGAGCAUCUUUUAGGGUGAAGAGUUAUUUACAUCGGCAUCUGCUUACUCACGACCAGAAUAAGAAGAAGUAUGAAUGUGAUAUCUGUAAAGAAAAGUUUACUCGACCCUAUCUUAUGAGACAGCAUAAACAAUUCAGUCACUUCAAGGACCUACCGUUUAAGUGCGACGAGUGCGGAAAACUUUCUAGAACUCUGACACGACUCAAGAUACACAUCAGAGCAGUUCAUUCUAAGGAGAAACCGUUUCCCUGUGAGGUUUGCGGGUUUCGAUCCUCUAGAAUGGAUAAUCUGAACAAACACAGAACGAAGAUACAUGAUCUGAAGAACAAGUUGACCCGUGUCCAGCUGGUUGAUCUAGUUCAGGGGGGUCAACACCCAUUCUGUAAAGAUAUCAAACUUAUACCUGGAUUUUGAACAAGUUGACCCGUGUCCAAGCUGGUUUAUCUAGUUCAGGGGGGUCAACACCAAUUUUGUAAAGAUAUCAAACUUAUUCCUGGAUAUUGAACAAGUUGACCCAAGCCCAGCUGUUUGAUCUAGUUCAGGGGGGUCAACACCCAUUCUGUAAAGAUAUCAAACUUAUACCUGGAUAUUGAACAAGUUGAACCGUUUCCAGCUAGUUGAUCUAGUUCAGGGGGGUCAACACCCAUUCUGUAAAGAUAUCAAACUUAUACCUGGAGUGGAUAUUGAACAAGUUGACCCUAGCCCAGCUGGUUGAACUAGUUCAGGGGGAUCAACACUCAACACUCCUUCUUUAAAAACAUCAAUCUUAUAUCUGAACUAGGAACUUUUGCGUUGGAUACGCCUAAUCCUGAUCGCUUAAUCUCGAUAUCUAAUGUGGACACUUUUUAUUUUUACUUAGCCUCUCUUUUUGGGUAUCCCUACUGGGUUCCGACCAAUUAGAGUUUUAUCAGUAGCUUGGAAUUAAUUCAAAUUAAAAGUUAAAAGAAUCUGGAUACGUGUUUCAGUUUCAUGGGACUCUAUUUUAAUUAAUAAUUAAGGUCCGAAAGUCGUCUUUUUGUUCUGUCCGUGUGGGUCUCACUGUACCUAGAGAUAAAUAGCUUAAUUAAUAAAACAGCAACAAGACUCCCUCCCCCCUCUUAAAUUUUGCUAUGCACCCCCCUCCCCCCCCUCGUUAUUUCCCUCCCUUGUUUACUUAGAAAUAAACAUUGAAAUUUACAGCCAGCAAGUGUAUUCAAGUCUUCAUUUUGUAAUUAUCCCUUACACAUGUGGUUAUUUGCAUUCAUGCUUACCUGUCCUUUCAUUUUUACUUCAAUGAUAUUUUUAAAAAUUAAUCAAUAAAUACAUAAAUUAGAUAUAAAAAUAUUGAAACAAGAUAAUUAGUAAAAUAUGAAAUCUUUAAAUAAAGUUACAUGUAAAAAUAUUUUAUAUUGACUCCAGUACCUGAUUGUGCAUUAGUAAAUUAUAAAAAAUCUCAUGAAUGAGACAUAUUGAAUUCAACGAGAUAAUUGUUAAUAAUAUGAUAAAUGAUAAAUUAUGAAUUUAAUUUUUUUAUUUCAGAAAUUAAAAUGAAGCUUUGAAGAAUUAGAUCACUGACUGCUGAACAGUUUUAGAAGCUGGGACACAAGUAGUUUAUUGGUCUUUGUCAAUUUGAAUGAAAUGGUGUUUUUUAAUCAAUAAAAAAUAUGCUGUGACGAAUGUUUGUUUAAAGCUGUGAAACCUGACUUGAACCCUGGAAUUGAACCAUAUGUGAACAGCUGAAUGAAAA